GGUCAUUUGGGUGCUGCUGGGCACGGCGCUGAGCAGGUGCCGCUCGGAGGAAGAAACCCAGCAGCUCAUGCAAUGUGAUACAGAAAACGGGCCUUCUGUUGAGUUGACAAAGCGUCACAACUUAACACCAUCAGAUCUUGGUGAUAUCAGUGCCAGAAUUGUUGAAAAAGAAGGAACAAUCCAAUUAAACAUUACUUGGACCAUUAGUGCAGAUGCCAGUAUUAGAGCACUGAGGGCCACGAAGCUGUGUGUAUCAACAGAUGGCUACCCAGCAUGUAUUAGGUGUGAUUAUACAAAACCCUUUCAAAGCCAAACCAGGCAUGGCGAUCAAAAAUGGCAAUUCUACUAUGUUGGAUUUCCUGUAGAAGAGAAUACCAAUUACUUUAUUGAUGGUUACAACCUACCACCAGCAAACCCAUAUGAGGAUCCUCCAUCAAAAUUAGUAAGACUGACUUCUCCAGACUGUGAAGAUGAUACACUGAAAUACAGCAAAACAUGCAUAGAAAAAGGAAGUCUGUGGGAUCCAAACAUAACUGUAUGUAAAAUGGAUACAGAAAUAGAAGUAAAUUUUACAGCUAGUGCCUUGAGUCCCAGUUAUACAAUCCUCAUUUGUGAGUCUGAAGAUGAAUGCAGUGAUCAGACUUAUCGAGAUGUAUUUCAUACCAAGAAGAAUAAUAGUAGAAUUUCUGAAAAAAUACCAGUGAAUACUCCAAGCAGCAAAAAUUACAUAGAGCUAACUCCUAAUUUUCCAAGAUGUGGAAAUGACUGUCGAAGGCACUCUAAAUACCAACUUAAAUGUACUACAAUUGGUUACAUUGGGGUGCUUAAGAUACAUUCCACAGGAAUAUAUCUUUGCAUACUUGCUGCAGUGUGUGUGAAAGUGUGCGUAAUUUUUGCUGUAGUGUAUGUCAAGAAGAAGCACGGUGCAGUCAAGAUGUGGCCCUUUUCCUAUUCUGCAGUACAAGUGCCGGUUAAGAUUCUUCUUAUAUAUCCACCUGAUGUCUGCAUUCACCACACAGUCCUUGCUUUUGCUGAGUUUCUACGUGAACGCUGCCAAAGUGAUGUUGUUAUAGAUGUGUGGCAGAAACGGAGAAUUGCUGAAAUAGGGCCAGUGCAGUGGCUUGCUAUUCAGAAAGAAUUAGCUGAUAAAGUAAUUUUUCUUAGUCUAAGCCAUAUGGAGCCUGAGUGUGAGUCAGCAUGUAAAAGAUUUGUAGAAGGCCACAAUAAGAACUCUGAGUGUAUGUUCACUCUUGCUUAUAACCUUUUCUGUAGUGACUGGAAAAACCAGUCAUCUCUCCAUAAGUACAUGGUAGUUUCUUUUGAUGAUGCAUAUUCAAUUAAAGCUCUCCCAAGUGCCUUGAAUAUCUGUCCAAAGUAUUUUCUAAUGAAGGAUUUUGAUUCCUUUCUUAGAGAGCUUUACCUUUUACAGAGCUCCAGCUGUAGUAAAGGCAGAAAGUCAAAGGGCAGUUAUCUAAUUUGAAAAGUCAACUUCAUGUA